AUGGGGAGAGCAGACUUACGGCUCCUGAAGACCAGGCUGGUACUUUGGGUCCUGUUCCAGGCAGGUCUUUGUUUUGCUGCUGAGAUCCGGAGAACGUGGGUCAUCGGAGGCAAGGAAGUGACACCCCAUUCUAGGCCCUUUAUGGCCUCCAUCCAACAUGAGAACAAACACAUUUGCGGUGGGUUCUUGUUGAGACGAAGAUGGGUGAUGACAGCAGCUCAUUGUGUGAUUCCCAAGCGCUCCUCACAGUUUCGCGUCAUCCUGGGGGCCCAUUCGCUCAAGACUCAGGAGGCCUCCCAGCAAAUCUUUGGCAUCCAGAACUCCAUCGCUCACCCGCUUUUCAAUGCUGAGACAGUGAAAAAUGACAUCCGUUUACUCAAAUUGAACAGAUCCGCCAUUUUCAAUAAGAACGUCCGGAAGAUCAAGUUACCUCACGCCUACACUGAUCUUUGCCCUGGACUCACAUGCCAUGUUCUCGGCUGGGGGGACAUCUCAAAUUAUGCGACCAUCCCCACCAAACUCAUGGAAGCCAACACAACCAUCGUGGACAGGAAGGCUUGUAACGAAUCGUGGCAAGGACACGUCUCCAAGAGCAUGGUCUGUGCAGCCAGCACCAGUGCCGUCCUGCGUGGUUUCUGCUCGGGUGACUCAGGUGGCCCCUUAGUGUGCGGGAAAAACGUUCAUGGCAUCGUCUCCUUCAACGGAAAGAGAUGCGGUGAUCGGCAUUUUCCGGAUGUCUAUACCCGCAUUGCCAAUUACAUCCCCUGGAUCCGUUUCGUGCUGCAGACUUUUUGA